CAGGGAAGCACGACAGCCUCGGGCCUGUCAGAUCUGCUUUCUCCUCCAGACCUCGCAGCCGCCUCCACCCCCCUCCCAACCUCAUCCCGGCGGCCACUCCCGCCUCCCGGAGUCCACAAACUCCUCCCGGGACCCGAGCACUAAGCACUUGAACUUGGAUCAGGACCUCAGGGGGCAGCCAACAGGGCCUGGCAAUCUCCGUCUCCGGCCACCCGCCCCACGGACCCUGUAGCGGCGACCUCAAGCACAGAGAGGAUGUGGCUCUGGCUGGGGCUCGUCGGGCAGAAGCUGCUGUUCUGGGGCGCGGCGAGUGCCGCGUCGCUGGCGGGCGCCUCGCUCAUCUUGCAACUGCUGCAGAUGGUGGCAAGCUACGCGCGCAAAUGGCAGCAACUGAAGCCCAUCCCGUCCAUCGGCAUCGCCUUGCCGUUGGUGGGACACGCGCUGCACAUGAAGCCGGGCGGGAAAGAAUUUUUCCAGCAGUUAAUUCAGUACACAGAAGAAUGUCGACACUUGCCGCUGCUGAAACUCUGGGUUGGGCCAAUACCAAUGGUGGCCCUUUAUAAUGCAGAAAAUGUGGAGGUAAUUUUAACUAGUUCAAAACAAAUUGACAAAUCCUCCAUGUACAAGUUUCUAGAGCCAUGGCUUGGCCUGGGACUUCUUACAAGUACUGGAUAUAAAUGGCGCUCGAGGAGAAAAAUGUUAACACCUACUUUCCAUUUCACAAUUCUGGAAGAUUUCUUAGAUGUUAUGAAUGAGCAAGCAACUCUAUUGGUUCAUAAACUUGAAAAGCACGUUGACCAAGAAGCUUUCAACUGCUUUUUUUACAUCACUCUUUGUGCCUUAGAUAUAAUCUGUGAAACAGCUAUGGGGAAAAAUAUUGGUGCUCAAAGCAAUGAAGAUUCUGAGUAUGUUCGUGCUGUUUAUAGGAUGAGUGAUGUAAUAUUCCGAAGAAUGAAGAUGCCCUGGCUUUGGCUUGACCUUUGGUACCUUAUGUUUAAAGAAGGGAGAGAACACAAGAGGUGUCUUAAGAUCCUACAUGAGUUUACCGACAGUGUCAUUGCUGAGCGAGCCUGUGCGAUGAAGACAGAUGAAGGAGGCCAAGAUGCUGACAGGAAUCAUUCCUCCUCCAAAGUCAAACGCAAGGCUUUUCUUGACUUGCUUUUGACUGUGACUGAUGAUGAAGGGAACAAGUUAAGUCAUGAGGAUAUUCGAGAAGAAGUUGACACUUUCAUGUUUGAGGGCCAUGAUACGACUGCUGCAGCGAUAAACUGGUCCUUAUACCUAUUGGGUUCUUAUCCAGAAGUUCAGAAAAAAGUGGACAAUGAACUUGAUGAAGUGUUUGGGAAAUCUGAUCGUCCUGCUACCUUAGAAGACUUGAAGAAUCUUAAAUAUCUGGAAUGUGUUAUUAAGGAGACACUGCGCCUGUUUCCUUCUGUUCCUAUGUUUGCCCGUAGCCUUAGUGAAGAUUGUGUAGUGGCGGGAUUCAACGUGACACAAGGCACGCAAGCAGUCAUCGUUCCCUAUGCAUUGCACAGAGAUCCAAAAUACUUCCCCAAUCCUGAGGAAUUCCAGCCAGAGCGGUUCUUUCCUGAGAAUGCACAGGGACGCCAUCCCUACGCAUAUGUGCCCUUCUCUGCUGGACCCAGAAACUGCAUAGGUCAAAAGUUUGCCAUUAUGGAAGAAAAGGCUAUUCUUUCCUGCAUCCUGAGGAAGCUGUGGGUAGAAUCCACCCAGAAAAGAGAAGAACUUGGUCUAGCAGGAGAGUUGAUUCUUCGUCCAACUAAUGGCAUCUGGAUCAAGUUGAAGAAAAGAAAUACAGAUAAAGCUUAACCGAAUCAUUGCACUGCACCUUUACCGUGGAGAGAUCUUUCUAAAACAGAAACUUAGCAUGUACAAUUUUUACAAUGGAAGUUCUGUACUCUGAAUCCUGGUACCUGAGUUUUCUUGUUGCUACUGAUCUUGGGGUCAGGUCCGCCAAAGAGAUAAUUUUCAUAUUUCUAUCACCCUCAUAAAUGUUGCACUUGAUCUUGUUCCCAAGAGUAGAGCUAUCAAAUCAGCGCCCAAAGAAACAUAUAUACAUUCCUCAUCAGAGGGAUUCACAGACUAAUUCCAUAUCAACUAGUAGAUCCAAAGACAGUAUCUAAUUGAAGUUUCAGAAUGUUUAAAAAAAUCAUUGUUCACACACAUAUACUAUACACAUGCAUAUAUGUGUAAUAUAAGUUGAAAUGAUGAGUAAGUAAGUACUUUGACUUAGGGGUUUACAUUAUUUGAAUUAUGUCAGUGACAUAAGUUAUGGUAAGUAUUAUAGUACUUUUCAUAUUUUGCACUUAGAGCAGAUUAUUUGUAAGAGACUUGUAAGUUUAGCAUCAGUUUCCCCUUUGACUGUACCCACAUGGCCUUCAUUUUAUUCUUCAUAGAAUCACAUUUGCCUUGAAAUAUAAUAUGCAUUAUUGGAAGAGA